ACGAGACUCUAACCGUCAUGAAUUUUGACGAGUGCAGAAUUUUGACGCAGUUGCCUGAUGUAUCUAAUCUCCCAAAUUUGAUACAACUUUCAUUUAAAGGGUGUGAGAAUUUAAUUACAGUUCACGACUCAGUUGGUUUUCUGACUAGACUUAAAAUAUUGAGGGUUGUUGGUUGCAGCAAGCUUAUUAGUUUUCCACCUCUCAACUUCACCUCUCUUGAAAGACUUGAAAUUUCAAAUUGUUCCAGUUUUAAGAACUUUCAGAGAUUCACCACAGGUUUCAAAGUUUUUUUUUUCUUUGUAUUUUGUUUCCGUUUCAAUCAUUACAAGCUACAUGAUUUGACACAACCUGAAUAUGACUAGAGUUGCGGAGAUUAAAGAAAGAGAUUUUAAACAAACUAGUUUGCUGACUUGACUUUAUUUGGAGCUCAUAUCUGUCUUCUAGAUCUUUUGUCAGUUCCUUUUAGAUUAGAAAUUGAAUCAUGUUGUAACUUAUGCUUCUUGCCUGCCAUUGUUUUGAAGAAGAAUGGAAAUGUGCUAUAAAUGAAAAUGACCCUGUUGGACUGGAGUCACGUUCAGAUGCAUUCUGCUACGAUGUGUUCCUCAGCUUCAGAGACUUGGACACACUCUAUGGUUUUACGGGCUAUCUCUUCAAAGCUCUUCAUGACAGUGGAAUCCACACUUUCAUUGAUGAUGAAAACCUUCAGAGAGGAGAGGAAAUUACACCAACAACUGUGAAAGCAAUUGAAGAGUCCAGGAUUGCUAUCACUGUGCUUUCUAUAAACUAUGCUUCUUCCACCUGGUGCUUAGAUGAACUUGCAACCAUUCUUGACUGCCUUAAGAGAGAAAGACUGCUGGUUUUACCAGUCUUUUAUUAUGUGGAUCCCACUCAGGUGCAAUUGCAGAAAGGCAGGUUUGGAGAAGCCUUGACUAAACAUGAGGAGAGGCUCAAGCAUAACAUGGAAAAGUCAUUGAAAUGGAAGAUGGCUCUUCAUCAAGUAGCUAACUUGUUUUUCUUUCAUAUCGACCAUGGGGAUGGUUAUGAAUAUGAGCUUAUUGGGAAGAUUGUGGAGUGGGUCUCCAAGAAGAUUAAUCGUGCUAAUUACCCAAUUGGACUAGAGUCACAAGUGCAAGAAGUAAUGAAACUUUUGGAUGUUGGAUGUGAUGGUGGUGCCCACAUGAUCGGGAUUCAUGGAACUGGCGGGAUUGGAAAAUCGACACUUGUUCAAGAUGUUUAUAAUAAUUUGAUUUCUGAAAGGUUUGAUGCUUCAUGUUUUAUUGAAAAUGUGAGUGAAAAAUCAAACAAGCAUGGGUUACAAUACCUCCAAAGCACCAUUCUUGAGAAUUUACUUGGAGAGAAGGACAUCAAGUUAACUAGUGUGGAACAAGGAAUUUUAAUGAUACAACGCAGGCUCCAGAAAAAGAAGGUUCUCUUGAUUCUAGACGAUGUUGACAGACAGGAGCAAUUGCAGGCAGUUGUUGGAAGAGCUGAUUGGUUUGGUCGUGGCAGCAGAGUCAUAAUCACAACACGAGAUGAACAGCUCCUUGCCUCCCAUGAUGUUCAAAUAACUUAUGAGGUGAAGAAAUUAAGUAACAAGGAUGCUCUUGUAUUGCUUAAAUGGAAAGCUUUUAAAAAGCAUGACUUUGAUCCAAGGUAUAAGGAGCUCUUGAAUUGUGCAGUAACUUUUUCUGAUGGCAUUCCAUUAGCUUUGGAAGUAAUAGGUUCCAACUUGUGUGGAAAAAGUGUAGAAGAAUGGAAAUCUGUCAUUCAUCAAUUAGAAAAAUGUCCCGAUAAUCCGGUCGAAGCAAUACUUAAAUCAAGCUUUGAUUCUUUGGAGGAAAAAGAAAGGAGUGUUUUCCUUGACCUUGCUUGUUGCUACAAAGGAUAUGAAUUGGCAGAGGUCGAAGAUAUACUUCAAGCUCAUUAUGGUCAGAACAUGAGGUGUUACAUUGACUUAUUGGUUGACAAAUCUUUAGUUAAGCUUAGUCAUGGUACAAAACCUUGUUAUGACAGAGUUACAUUGCAUGACUUGAUUGAGGACAUGGGUAAAGAUAUUGUCCGACAGGAAUCAUUGAUAGGGCCAGGUGAGCGUACGAGAUUAUGGUUACUCGAAGAUGUAAGACAACUUUUAGAAAACAACAGGGGAACUAGUAAAAUUGAAAUCAUAUGUCUGGAUUUCUCCAUAUUUGAUCAAGAAGGAAAAGUAGAAUGGGAUGGAAAGGCCUUCCAGAAUAUGCAAAACCUCAAAACACUUAUUAUUAGACAUGGUAGAUUUUCCAAAGGUCCAAAAUAUCUCCCAGAUAAUAUGAGAAUACUUGAAUGGUGGAGAUAUCCGUCAAAUUCUUUACCAUCUGAUUUUCAUUCAAAGGAACUUGCCAUAUGCAAGUUACCCUGCAGUAGUAUUUCGACAAUUGAGUUGACAAACUUAUUGAAGGCAAGUUUAAUAAGUGCAUUUUCCUUAUCUUGUAAAUUGAUAAAUCCACUGUAAGAUUAUUCAUGCAAUUCUUCUUCUUU